AAUCCAAACAAAAUUACUUUUUCAUUUAAACUGAUUUUUAAAAAUUUAAUAAUAAUUCUCCUUUCACACGUCUCUCUCCCUCUCUGCCUUUGUUCUUAGUUUCUUGCUUCGGUUUCAGCUCUCUCACUUACCGAUUGAUUGAAAUCGAGGAAGCUUCUGUUUCAGCUCUCGCACUUACCAGUAAAGCUUUGCUUAUGAACUGAUUAGUGAUUAUUGCUUUGUUCUUCCCCUGCUUGAGAGUGUUAUAUAUUGGUCCAAAUUGAGGAAACUUCAUAAAAAGACUCCAAGUGAAAGUUCAGAAACUUGAUUUAGGAUGCUUCAAAUUCCGAGGUUCUGAGCUCAAGAUGGAAACUGAGUUGUCUAGGAACACACUUAUUAAGGAUAGUUAAUAAUCUAAAGAGGAUAUGGGGAAGCAUCAUUGGAGAAAGUCCAUAAAGUCCUUCUUUGAGAGUCACAUCGAUCCAGAAAACGAUGAACAGCUGAAAGGAACUAAAAUAGACAUUGAAGACAAAGUCAAAAAGAUCUUGAAACUAGUCAAAAGUGAGGAUCAUGAAGAAAAAGAUGGGAUCAAAGAACCACUUGUUGAGCUAAUUGAAGAUUUUCAUGGAAAAUACCAAUCGCUUUAUGCACAAUAUGAUAAUCUUAGAAGAGAGCUGAGGAACAAAAUACAUGGCAACAAAGAAAAGGAGGCCAGUUCAUCAUUAAGCUCAGACUCAGACUCAGAUUAUUCUUCGAAGGGCAAGCACAGCAAAAAUGGAGAAUUUGAAAGUGAAUUCCAGAAAACAACAGACAGCAUAAAGCAAGAACUUGAAGCAGCAAAUUUAGCACUUUCUGAUCUGAAGAUGAAGUUGAUCUCUACCAGUGAAGAAAAAAAAGCUUUAGAUUUGGAAUACCAAACAGCUUUGAGCAAGAUACAAGAAGCAGAAGAAGUCAUCAAAAAUUUGAACCUUGAAACUGAAAGCUUAAACAAUGAAAAGAUGAGACUUUCAGUAGAGAAUGGAGAAUUGAAUAAAAAACUGGAGACUGCUGGGAAGAUAGAAGCUGAGCGAAAUCAAGAUAUUUCUGACAUGAAGAGGCAGUGGACUGCUACUGUUGAAGAAAAGGAAGCUUUAAAUUUUGAAUAUCAAACUGCUUUGAGCAAGAUAUUAGAAGAGGGAGAAAUCAUCAGAAAUUUGAAGCUUGAAGUUGAAAGCUUAAAUGCUGAAAAGUUGAAGCUUUCAGCUGUUAAUGCAGAGAUUAAUCAGAAGCUAGAAACUGCAGGUAAGAUAGAAGCUGAGGUAAAUCAGAGAUUGGAAGAUAUUAUUAGAGAUAAAGACAACUUGAUCAUUGAGAAAGAGACUGCUCUUGCAAGGAUUGAAGAGGGAGAGAAGAUUACUGAAGAACUAAGAGCUGUUGCUGAUCAGCUGAACGAUGAAAAACAAAUUCUCGAACAGGAAGUAGAAACUCUUAGAGGGGAAACUUCUAAUUUGAAGCAGCAACUGGAAUCUGCAAGUCAGAAGUUGACUGCUACCAGUGAAGAAAAAAAAGCUUUAGAUUUGGAAUACCAAACGGCUUUGAGCAACAUACAAGAAGCAGAAGUCGUCAUCAGAAAUUUGAAGCUUGAAACUGAAAGCUUAAACAAUGAAAAGAUGGGACUUUCAGUUGAGAAUGGAGAAUUGAAUAAAAAACUGGAGACUGCUGGGAAGAUAGAAGCUGAGCGAAAUCUAGAAAUUUCUGACAUGAAGAGGCAGUGGACUGCUACUGUCGAAGAAAAGGAAGCUUUAAAUUCGGAAUAUCAAACUGCUUUGAGCAAGAUACUAGAAGAAGGCAAAAUCAUCAGAAAUUUGAAGCUUGAAGUUGAAAGCUUAAAUGCUGAAAAGUUGAAGCUUUCAGUUGUUAAUGCAGAGAUUAAUCAGAAGCUAGAAACUGCAGGUAAGAUAGAAGCUGAGUUAAAUCAGAGAUUGGAAGAUAUUAUUAGAGAUAAAGACAAAUUGAUCAUUGAGAAAGAGACUGCUCUUGCAAAGAUUGAAGAGGGAGAGAAGUCUACUGAAGACCUAAGAGCUGUUGCUGAUCGGCUGAAUGACAAAAAACAAAUUCUCGGACAGGAAGUAGAAACUCUUAGAGGGGAAACUUCUAAUUUGAAGCAGCAACUGGAAUCUGCAAAUGAGAAGUUGACCGCUACUAGUGAAGAGAGAAAAGCUUUAGAUUUGGAACACCAAAAAGUUUUGAGCAAGAUAUUAGAAGCUGAAGAAGUCAUCAGAAAUUUGAAGCUUGAAACUGAAAGGUUAAACAUUGAAAAGUUGAAACUUUCAUUUGAGAAUGGAGAAUUGAAUAAAAAACUGGAGACUGCUGGGAAGAUAGAAGCUGAGCGAAAUCUAGAUAUUUCUGACAUGAAGAUGCAGUGGACUGCUAUCGUCAAAGAAAAGGAAGCUUUAAAUUUGGAAUAUCAAACUGCUUUGAGCAAGAUAUUAGAAGAGGGCGAAAUCAUCAGAAAUUUGAAGCUUGAAGUUGAAAGCUUAAAUGCUGAAAAGUUGAAGCUUUCAGCUGUUAAUGCAGAGAUUAAUCAGAAGCUAGAAACUGCAGGUAAGAUAGAAGCUGAGGUAAAUCAGAGAUUGGAAGAUAUUAUUAGAGAUAGAGACAACUUGAUCAUUGAGAAAGAGACUGCUCUUGCAAGGAUUGAAGAGGGAGAGAAGAUUUCUGAAGACCUAAGAGCUGUUGCUGAUCAGCUGAACGAUGAAAAACAAAUUCUCGGACAGGAAGUAGAAACUCUUAGAGGGGAAACUUCUAAUUUGAAGCAGCAAAUGGAAUCUGCAAAUCAGAAGUUGACCACCACCAGUGAAGAAAAAAAAGCUUUAGAUUUGGAAUACCAAACAGCUUUGAGCAAGAUAGAAGAAGCAGAAGUCGUCAUCAGAAAUUUGAAGCUUGAAACUGAAGGCUUAAACAAUGAAAAGAUGAGACUUUCAGUUGAGAAUGGAGAAUUGAAUAAAAAACUGGAGACUGCUGGGAAGAUAGAAGCUGAGCGAAAUCUAGAAAUUUCUGACAUGAAGAGGCAGUGGACUGCUACUGUCGAAGAAAAGGAAGCUUUAAAUUUGGAAUAUCAAACUGCUUUGAGUAAGAUACCAGAAGAGGAAGAAGUCAUCAGAAAUUUGAAGUUUGAAGUUGAAAGCUUAAAUGCUGAAAAGUUGAAGCUUGCAGCUGUUAAUGCAGAGAUAAAUCAGAAGCUAGAAACUGCAGGUAAGAUAGGAGCUGAGCUAAAUCAAAGAUUGGAAGAUAUUAUUAGAGAUAAAGAUAACUUGAUCAUUGAGAAAGAAAUUGCUCUUGCAAGAAUUGAAGAGGGAGAGAAGAUUGCUGAAGACUUAAGAGCUCUGGCUCAUCGGGUAAAUGAUGAAAAACAAAUUCUUGGACAGGAAGUAGAAACUCUUAGAGGGGAAACUUGUAAUUUGGAGCAGCAGCUGGAAUCUGCAAAUCAGAAGUUGACCGCUACCAGUGAAGCAAAAAAAGCUUUAGAUUUGGAAUAUCAAAAAGCUUUGGGCAAGACACAAGAAGCAGAAGAAGUUAUCAGAAAUUUGAAGGUUGAAACUGAAAGCUCAAACAAUGAAAAGUUGAAACUUUCAGUUGAGAAUGGAGAAUUGAGUAAAAAACUGGAGACUGCCGGGAAGAUUGAAGCUGAGCGAAGUCUAGAAAUCUCUGAUAUGAAGAGGCAGUGGACUGCUACCAUUGAAGAAAAGGAAGCUUUACAUUCGGAAUAUCAAACUGCUUUGAGUAAGAUACUAGAAGAGGAAGAAGUCAUCAGAAAUUUGAAGCUUGAAGUUGAAAGCUUAAAUGCUGAAAAGUUGAAGCUUUCAGCUGUUAAUGCAGAGAUAAAUCAGAAGCUGGAAACUGAAGGUAAGAUAGGAGCUGAGCUUAAUCAAAGAUUGGAAGAUAUUAUUAGAGACAAAGAUAACUUGAUCAUCGAGAAAGAGACUGCUCUUGCACGGACUGAAGAGGGAGAGAAGAUUAUUGAAGACUUAAGAGCUGUGUCUGAUCAGCUGAAUGAUGAAAAACAAACACUCAGACAUGAACUAGAAACUAUUAGUGGAGAAACUUCUAAUUUGAAGCAGCAACUGGAAUCUGCAAAACAGGAAGUCUCAGAUUUAUGUCAGUCACUGAAUUCGACCGAGGAAGACAAGAAGUCUUUGAUCUUAAAAGUCUCAGAGAUUUCUAAUGAUAUGCAGCAGGCACGGAAUGUAAUAGAAGAUCUCAUGACUGAAUCAAGUCUGUUCAAGGAGAAAAUUGUUGAAAAAGAAAGGGAACUGUCAAUUCUUGCAGAGAUACAUGAGGCCCAUGGAAAUGAGUCAUCAGCUCGAAUAAAGGAAUUAGAGUCUCAAGUAACAAGCAUGGAACUAGAGCUAGAAGCAUUGCGAUCCCAGAAUAGAGAUAUGGAAAUGCAGAUUGAGAGCAAAACAAUUGAAGUGAAACAAUUGAGAGAUGAAAUAAUACGGCUGCAAGCCCAAAUUUUGGAGUUUGAAACAGUGUCAAAAGAGAGAGAAGAUGAAUUGUCUUCUCUGAAGCAGAAACUUGAUGCUAAUCAGAGAGAAUCAAUGUCUAGAAUAGAGAAUUUGACAACACAGAUCAGCAGUCUGUUACGUGAUGUGGAUUCUCUACGCUCUCAGAAAGCCGAAUUGGAAGGACAGAUAGUAUUCAAAAGUGAAGAAACAUCAACGCAGGUCAAGAGUCUAUUGAAUCAGGUGGACACACUGCAGCAGGAAUCGGAGUCUCUGCACAGCCAGAAAGCUAGUCUGGACUUGCAACUUGAGGAGAAAAUCAGAGAAAUUUCAGAAUGCAUGAUUCAGGUGGAAAAUCUGAAAGAGGAGAUAGUAAGCAAGACAGAGAUUCAACAUAGAAUUCUGGAAGAAAAAGAAAGUUUGACAGCCAAAAUAGAGAGCCUGGAAUUGGAGGUGGCUUCUCUAAGCAAUCAGAAAAAUGACAUUGAAGAGCAGAUAAGAAAUGAAAUUGAAGAGAGUGGUCAUUUGAGAAAGGAAAAGGCAGAGUUGCAGGACAAAAUAUCUGAAUUGGAGAAAGCAUUAAGAGAGAGAAAGGCUGAGUUAUCCUCUCUGCAGGAGCAACGUGUAAGUGUAGAAAACGAAGCAUCUGCCCAGCAAACAGCCUUAACAGCACAGGUUAACAGUCUACAAAAGGACAUGGAUUCCUUGCAGGCCCAGAAGAAUCAUUUGGAAUCACAGCUUGUAAGAGAGAAGCAGGAAUCUUCAGAAGGUGUUAUCCAAAUGGAAAACGAGAGAAAAGAGUUGCUGAAUCAGAUUACAGAUCAGCAGAAACAGCUCAAAGAACUGGAAGAUGCACACAACAAACUGAGCAAGGAGUAUAAACAAGUUGAAGUUUCUUUCCAGGAAUGCAAGGCAAAUCUAGAAGUUGCAGAAAGGAAAAUCAAAGAAAUAACAGAUGAACUCGGUAGGAAUAAUGAGUCUAAAGAUCAGAGGGUGGCUGAUUUGGAAGAAACUGUCGAAGACCUGAAAAGAGAUCUAGAAGUUAAAGGAGAUGAGCUGAGUACAUUUGUUGAAAAUGUCCGCCAAAUUGAAGUUAAGCUUCGCCUGUCAAACCAGAAGCUUCGGGUGACAGACCAAUUACUAACUGAGAAGGAAGAGAGCUUCAGAAAAGCAGAAGCAAAGUUUUCAGAAGAACAGAGAAUGCUGGAAGAAAGAAUUGCUACACUGUCUAGAACCAUUGCCGCAAACAAGGAGGCCCAUCACAGUAUGAUCACAGAUAUCUCAGAGAAAGUAAAAAGUACUUUGACCGAGCUGGAAACUGUGAUACACAGGUUCGAAGAUGCCUACGAAAGCUAUGAGCAUCGUGUAGAGAAAAAAUCAGACGAGCUUCGGAUUGCGAAGAGUUGGGUCAUGGGGGCAAAUUACCAAAGGGAGCAACUGAAGCUAGAAGUAAGCAAACUAGCCGAGCAACUGCAAAAUAAGAAUGAACAAGAAUUGACAUUGAGAGAUAGGAUUGAGAAGCUAGAAGUUAAGGCAAGCAAGGAAGAAGCGGAGAAGCUGAACCUGACCAAAUCCAUGAAACAACUGGAGAAAAAAGUGGAAGUUUUAGAGACGAAGAUGAAGGAGAGGGAAGAGGAUAUCUUCGGUCUUGGAGAGGAGAAGAGGGAGGCCAUAAGGCAACUGUGCGUGUGGAUUGAAUAUCAUCAGAGUCGUUACAAUUAUCUCAAGGAAGUACUUUCAAAGGUGACUAUCAGAGGGCAGAGAGCGACGUAGAAGUCUUUGAUCUCUGUAAUGCCUGGUACGUUUCAUUGUUCAUUGUGUUCUUUUUUUCUGUGGGCAAUAUUUUAUUAGUUCCUUUUUAACGUAACUAGUGGUUGGUUGGGCGUAUGUCAUUCAAUUUGAUUGUAAGGUUUUCAUUGUAUUUGUCAAUCAAGCAUUGCAUUUUGUAUAGAAAUUAUGCUUCUUAGCUUUAAUUUAU